AUGCGUCUCACCGCAGACCUGAUCAACGCGUCAUUGUCAUACCUGAACCCGCUCAAGGAGCGCGAGCUCGACCUGCGAGGACACCGGAUUCCGCAAAUCGAGAAUCUGGGUGUAGCAGGGCCCCAAGAUGCAAUCGAUCUCACGGACAAUGACAUCCAGGUGCUCGGCAACUUCCCUCUGACGCCGCGGCUGCGCUCGCUGCUGCUGGCCCACAACCGGAUCGCGGCCAUCCAGCCGGGCCUGGCGGACGCGCUGCCCAAUCUGACGAACCUGACGUUGGCGUCGAACCAGCUGUCCGAGCUGGGCGACCUGGAUCCGCUGGCCCGGCUCGGCCGGCUGACGCACCUGGUGCUGUUGGAGAACCCGGUGACCAAGCGAGAGCACUACCGGUACUGGGUCGUCUGGCGGUGUCCGACCGUGCGCUUCCUCGACUUCCAAAAGAUCAUGAGCACCAAGUCGAGAAAGUUUGAUGUGGUGACGGGUGUCGGUGGACGCCGGGCUGCCGGCGGUGCUGCCGGCGGUUCCGACGGCACGUCCAGGCUGUCACGCAUCAAGCUGACGGACGCCGAGCGCAAGCGUCUGCAGGAGCGGAUCAAGAAGGCCAGCAGCCUGGAGGAGAUUGCCCGGCUGGAAAAGGAGCUGUCCGAGGGCCGGCUGCCGACGGGCAUCUACGCAGAGGGCGAUUCCAUGGAGGAGUAG